AGUUGAAUCAUCCUACAUGUGGUGUUAGCCGGCUGAUUGCUGGAAUUAUUUAAAUAUAACAGCCAAAUUUAGUUAAGUAGUGCGUAAAAAUAAACAAAUACAAUGCAUCAAGAAACACUGCAACUCAUCCAAAUUCUAGAAAAGACCGUUUCACCAGACAAAACCGAAUUAGAGCAGGCUUCACAUUUUCUGGAGCAAGCGGCAACAACUAACCUAUUGGAAUUUAUCAGGACCCUCUCUGAUAUAUUAAGACAUGGGGGAAAUAGUCAUGUUGCCCGAAUGGCUGCCGGUUUGCAGCUCAAAAACCAACUUACAUCAAAAGAUGCCACCAACAAGGUUGUCUAUCAGCAGCGCUGGCUUGCUUUCCCCGAAGAAGUGAGGAGUUACAUCAAAAAGAAUGUGGUGGGUGCCCUCGGGACCGAAACAAAUCGUCCAUCUUCGGCGGCGCAGUGCGUCGCGUACAUCGCCGUCGCGGAACUUCCGCAGAAACAAUGGCCGGAUUUAAUUCAAACGUUGGUCAACAACGUGUGCCAUGCAAAUUCUACCGAAAUGCAGAAAGAGGCCACCCUCGAGGCCAUCGGCUACAUCUGCCAGGAAAUCGAUUCGGACGUGCUCGUGACGCAAGCGAACGAUAUUCUCACCGCUAUUAUACACGGUAUGCGGGUAUCCGAGCAGAGUAACCACGUCAGAUUGGCCGCCACGCAGGCUCUAUUAAAUUCGUUGGAGUUCACGAAAGGCAACUUUGAUCAACCCACUGAAAGAAAUUUCAUUAUGGAGGUUGUGUGCGAAGCCACGCAAUCGCCCGAUUCGCAGAUCAAAGUUGCCGCUUUGCAGUGUCUCGUCAAGAUAAUGUCUCUCUACUAUCAGUAUAUGGAGCCUUACAUGGCGCAGGCUCUUUUUCCCAUCACUCUAGAAGCAAUGAAAUCGGAGAAUGAUGCCGUUUCGCUGCAAGGUAUCGAAUUCUGGUCGAAUGUUAGCGACGAAGAGGUCGAUUUGGCGAUUGAGGAUACGGAAGCCACCGAAGCCGGUCGACCUCCUUCGAGAGUAUCAAGGCACUACGCCAAAGGCGCCUUGCAGUUUAUCGUACCGAUUUUACUGCAGAAGUUAACCAAGCAGGAAGAAUUGGACGAUGAGGACGACUGGAACCCCAGCAAAGCCGCGGGAGUGUGUCUCAUGCUUCUGGCCACUUGCUGUGAGGACGAAAUUGUACCGCACGUACUGCCGUUCAUCAAAGAGCACAUAAAAUCCGAGAACUGGCGAUUCCGAGACGCCUCUUUAAUGGCGUUCGGUUCUAUUCUCGGCGGUCUAGAGACAACCACGCUAAAACCACUCGUCGAGCAGGCAAUGCCCACGCUAAUCGAACUUAUGUACGACAGCAGCGUCAUCGUGAGAGACACGGCUGCGUGGACUUUCGGAAGAAUAUGCGAGAUUAUACCCGAAGCCGCCAUACACGAGACUUUUUUGAAACCGCUGCUCGAGAGUUUGGUGACGGGGUUAAAAGCGGAGCCUCGCGUUGCCGCGAAUGUCUGCUGGGCUUUUUCUGGCUUGGCCGAGGCCGCCUACGAGGCGGCCGAGCCGAACGAGGAGACCGGAAAUCCGGACACGUACGUGCUUUCACAGUACUUUGAUUUCAUCGUCGAGAGGCUGCUGGAGACUACGGACAGGCCGGACGGCGCGCACGCCAACCUCAGGCCCGCCGCGUACGAGGCGCUCAUGGAGAUGGUCAAGAACUCGCCCAAGGACUGCUACGUGACCGUCCAGAAGACCACCAUGGUUAUUUUGGAGCGCCUGCAGCAAGUGCUUCUCAUGGACACGCACAUUACGAGCCACUACGACCGUUCGCAAUUCAACGACUUGCAGUCGCUGCUCUGCGGCACCCUGCAGUCCGUGUUGAGAAAGGUGACUCCAGAGGACGCCCCCAGGAUAUCCGACGCCAUCAUGACCGCCAUGCUGACCAUGUUCAGCUCCAAUUCGUGUAAGAGCGGUGGCGUGCAAGAGGACGCCCUCAUGGCCGUCUCGACGCUCGUCGAAGUUCUCGGCGAGAACUUCCUCAAGUACAUGGACGCGUUCAAGCCGUUUCUGUACAUCGGUCUGCGAAACCACCAGGAGUACCAGGUGUGCGGUACCGCGGUCGGUCUGACCGGGGACAUUUUCCGCGCGCUGAAACACAAAGCUCUUCCGUACUGCGACGAGAUCAUGGCGCUCUUGCUGGAGAACCUGGGCGACCAGACGGUGCACCGCACCGUCAAGCCGCAGAUUUUGUCCGUCUUCGGGGACAUCGGCCUGAGUAUCGGCGCCGAGUUCAAGAAGUACCUGGAGAUCGUGCUGUCGACUUUGUCGCAAGCUUCGCAGGCUCAAGUCGACAGGAACGAUUACGAUAUGAUCGAUUAUUUGAACGAGCUGAGGGAAGGCGUUUUGGACGCUUACACUGGGAUUUUACAGGGCUUGAAGGGCGACGGGGCGAGCCCCAAUCCGGAAGUGAACAUCCUCGAGCCGCACAUACCGUUCAUAGUGCAGUUCAUCACGGUGGUGGCGCAGGACCAGGAGCACUCUGACGGCACCGUCGCAGUGGCGGCGGGCAUCGUCGGCGACCUGUGCGCCGCCUUCGGCGCUCCCAUGGUGCAGCUGUUGGAUCUCGAGCCGAUCAACGAGAUGCUGGCGCAAGGUCGCAGAAGCCGCGUCAACAGAACGAAAACCUUGGCCACGUGGGCCACCAAGGAGCUCAGGAAACUCAAGUCGCAGAGCACAGCCGUUGCGGCCAGCUGAUUUAUUGCCGAUUUCUGUGGCACACCAGAAGAGAACCUCUUAGAUAGUUGUGGUCAACGGCAUCAGUGUAAAAUUUCUACUUAAAAAAAUCAAAAUUUAUUUUAAUUCUCUUACUUAAAAAAAAUGCAUACUCAUGUCCUGACACCGCACCGCGAACAAACGAACAAGCAUCCAUAAUUAUUUUCGACGUUGUUUUAACACCAAAUUCAUUAAUUUCACGCGCCGGUGUGGUGUAUCACGUAGUCAACCAAAAUCCGGCAAAAUCAGUGGAUCUAGUUUCCGACAUGGUGACCCCCGUGUCCCCAAAACGCCUUUUCGGUUUCGGGGUGCCGAAUGAGUGAAUUAUAUAUGCGUACAUGAACUCUGUGAGUGUUGAAACGUAGCUGUGUACUAGGCUGGAAUCAAAACCAUCGGAAUUUUGCAACGUUCAUUUCUUUUAUCGAUUCAUCAAAUUUCGUGCGAUUUAUUUAAGGAUUCACCUUUGAACUUUCCGCAACACAAACGGUUUUAUUCCACCCUAAAAAUACGUACGCCUGUGACAGUUCCGUCGCCAUUAUUAUUCGCGACAACUGCUCAAGACUGAAGAGUGAAGUGGAUUAAAGUCUUCUCACUUGAAGCAUAUUUUUUUAAUUUUACUUGGUCUUCAUUUUUUAAAUGUGUACUUUAUUAUGAAUAAAGCAUUUUUCCCUUUGACAUAUCGAUUUUAAUGAUAAGUUAUUUUUUCUGUUACAAACUAUCCGACGACUUUUUCCAACGCUGGGCGUUGGAAAAAAUCGACGCGGACCGUUUGAGUUCUUUGAAAGAGGCUAAAGCAUGUCUUUUCUAAAUUUUCGGAUAUUGGGUUUAUAGGUGUCCAGGAAAUGCCUGUACAAUAUAAUACCACUUUUUACAACUAUGUAACUAAAUUUACCUCUAUGCAAAAGUUGAAAGGUUUUUCGAUUUUAUUAAAUAACUUUUAAAGAAACAAACGUUUUUGCACAAUAUUUGGUUGUUCGGCCAUUUCAAGCGCGCGAAAAGCACGAAUUAAAAAACUGUUUUUAUAAAAAAAAUUCUAGUUAAUUUAUUAUAUAAUAUUUUGGCUUCAAAAUUGUCAAAAAUAUUCUUCUUUUUUAGGCUUUACAUUAAAUAAAGCAAAACGCAAGAAAUAUUUUAUAAAAGUAGAGAUAAUUUUA